AUGUCCACAAACCACCUCCCUUUAAACCGUACCAACAUCGCCGAAGCGCACAAAAUCAUAAAACCCUACAUCCACCGCACCCCACUCCUAACAAACCAGACACUUGACACAAUCGCGUCGACACCACAAUCCUUAUCUGAUCUGGUAGGCACAGGAUGGGAAGGAAGCGAUAGAACGCCUGCGAAGCCCAAGAUUCGGUUUUGGUUCAAGUGUGAGAAUUCGCAGAGGAUAGGCGCGUUUAAGGCUAGAGGAGCGUUUCAUGCGCUGAUUCGAGUUAUUGAGGAAUUGGGGGAGGAAGAAGUUAGGAGGAGGGGGGUUGUGACGCAUAGUUCUGGAAACCAUGCCCAAGCCCUAGCACUAGCCGGCAAAACAUUAAACAUUCCCACGCAUAUCGUAAUGCCUUCAAUAAGCACACCUAGCAAAAUCGCAUCUACGCAAUCUCUCGGCGCAAAAGUAGUGUUUAGCGGGAGUACAGAACCGGAAAGAACGGCAGUUAUGAGAGAGAUUCAGCGCGAGACGGGCGCAAUCUUUGUGCCACCUUAUGAUCACCCGGAUAUUAUUCUGGGCCAGGGGACUACGGGGUUGGAAAUGGAGGAACAGUAUGCAGAACUGCAGCAGGGAGAGAAAGAGUGGAAGACGUUAGAUGCUGUUUUUACACCAAUUGGAGGUGGAGGACUUAAUGCUGGUAUUGCGACGUGGUUUUCGGAACCAUCCAAGCCAGCCGGGAAGAAAACGUUGGUUUUUGGCGCCGAGCCUUCGUUUCAAGGCGCGAACGAUUGUCAGCGAGGUCUUGCGGCAGGUGAACGGGUGCCGGCUGUAUCGUCAAAGACUAUUGCAGACGGUCUCAGGACGCCGGUAGGAUUGAAUAAUUGGGCGGUCAUAUCAGACCCCUCGAAAGUGGCUGGUGUCUAUAGCGUUAGUGAUGAGCAGAUCAAGAAGGCGAUGAAGUUGGUGCUGGAGAGGAUGAAGGUGGUCGUUGAGCCUAGUGCCGUGGUUGGGUUGGCGGUUUGUCUGUUUGAUGAGGAUUUUAGGCGGAGGGUCGAAGAAGAGGGUGGUGAGGAUGGGUGGGAUAUUGGGAUUGUGUUUAGUGGAGGGAAUACGACCGUUGAGGCUAUUGCGGCUUUGUUUGGGUCUGCUUAA